AUGGGUCUGUAUGCACUGCUGUUCAUCUGCCUCUCUCAGGCUGAGCUGACCAGAGUUUGGGCUCAGGAGCAGACAGACUCAAUACAUGGGGAUCUCACAGAGCUACAGAGGACCAGGAGGGAUCAGCAAGACCCUCACAGACGCAGUCAGAACAGAACCGGACAAGACCCUAUGGGUGGAGGACUGGCCAUCGAUACACUGCCUGACAACAUGACACGAGUGGUGGAGGACUCUAAAAAGUAUUACUCUUGGCGUAGUUUUGGCCCAGGUGACAGACACACACAGGAGCUGUGGGUGGACUUAAGCACAGGGCAGCAGGGUCCAGUCAGAGUCCAUGGCAUUCUGUCUAACACACACCGUCAGGCGUCGCGGGUGCCGUUAUCCUUUGACUUUCCCUUCUAUGGACACCCUGUGAGGCAAAUCACCAUAGCAACUGGAGGGUUCAUUUUCACUGGAGAAAUUACGCACCGCAUGCUGACAGCAACGCAGUACAUUGCUCCACUCAUGGCAAACUUUGACCCCAGCUUUUCCAAGAACUCCACAGUGCGGUACCUGGACAACGGUGAGGUAUUCGUGGUGCAGUGGGACAAAGUGAGACUGCAGGGACGAGAAUCAGAGGGAGCUUUCACCUUCCAGGCUGCUCUUCAUCGUGACGGGACUAUAGUUUUCGGUUAUAAAGACGUGCCUUUACCUGUAGAGAAGAUUAACUCCACUGAACAUCCAGUGAAAGUAGGCCUCUCUGAUGCUUUCAUGGCACUCCUGUCUCCUCCACAGGCCCCAGAAGCUAGAAGGAGGACAAUUUAUGAAUAUCAUCGCGUGGAGAUUGAUACCACAAAAAUUGUUAACCACUCUGCAUUUGAAUUCACUCCAUUACCAACUUGUCUACAACACACCACCUGUAAUCUCUGUCUCAACUCCAACCUCACGUCAGGCUGUGGUUGGUGUAAUACCCUCCAAAGGUGCUCAGAUGGAAUAGACAGACACAGGCAGGAGUGGCUUGACUAUGGCUGCUCUGAAGAGGCUAAAGAGGGAACGUGUGAGGAUUACUCUCAGGGUUCCCCUGAUAGCUCCAUCAGCCCGUUCACCUCACCGGCUCCAGAAUCCACACCCUCUCCUGCAGCCCGACCAGGCAGCCCUGCAACUGACGAUGACACCAAACUUCUGUUUCACUACCACGGCAAUGACUUGCAGACAGGUCCUCCACACCAGGAGGAGGCACCAGAACACACAGCAAUAAUUGCUGGAGUAGUUGCAGCCCUUAUUCUGCUUGUGUCACUGACUUUGUUAGCUGUCUACUACAUCAACACUCAUCCCACUGUUGCUCCUCCAUUCUACCUCAUGCAGCGUCGUACCAAUAACUAUUGGCCAUCCAUGAAGUUCAGAAACCAAGGAUGCCAUUCUAGUUACGCUGAGGUGGAACUUGGGGGUCAUGAAAAAGAAGGCUUCAUAGAGGCGGAGCAGUGUUAA